AUGUAUGCUAACUUCAAGAUAAAAGAUUUGGGAAGUCUAAAAUAUUUCUUGGGAAUUGAAGUUCUAAAGUCCAAAGAUGGAAUCUUGUUAAAUCAGAGGAAUUAUGCCCUGCAACUCAUUUCAGAAGCUGGUCUUAGUGGAGCUAAAGUUGUAAGAACUCCAUUAGAAUUCAAUCACAAGUUGACUAGUGUGGAGUUUGAUCAACAUCUUGGUACUACCAAUGAUCCGGAGCUAGAAGAUAUUACUGUCUAUCAGAGAUUGAUUGGCAAGUUGUUAUAUCUGACCAUUACCAGGCCUGAUAUAUGUUUCAGUGUACAAGUUUUAAGUCAAUUCAUGCAACAUUCUAAGGUAUCACACUGGGAGGCAGCUCUUAGGAUAGUCAGAUAUAUCAAAAACUCAACAGGUCUUGGUGUCUUACUCAAGAGAGGAACAGGUCCUACAACACUUACAGGUUAUUGUGAUUCCGACUGGGCUUCAUAUCCUAACACAAGGAGGUCGGUCACUGGUUAUAUGGUAAAACUUGGAGACUCCUUGAUAUCUUGA